AUGUCUACUCACUCCCUCAAGUACUUGGCCGGUGGUGAGGACGGCAAAAUCCGACUGAAGACGGCAGUCCGCAGCGUCAGCGGAGUUGAGGUGCUCGUCCGCAUCACCCACUCCGGCGUCUGCGGCACUGACGUCCAUGACCGAGGACACGGCUGCGGGCUUGGCCACGAAGGCAUCGGCUUUGUGCAGGAGGUCGGCCGAGACGUCACGGCAGUGCAGGUUGGCGAUCGGUCUUGCGGCCACUGUCGCGAAUGCGUGUCUGGCUUUCGGCAGUGCUGCCCGAAGGCUGUUGGGCAAGCGCACGGCGACCACGAGGGGUCGUUUAGCAACUUUGUCGUGCGGCACCAGGACUUUGUCUAUCCCAUCCCAGCCGAGAUCGAGUCUAGACAUGCCGGGCCGCUGAUCUGUGCUGGCAUCACCGUCUUCGAGGGGCUCCAGAUUGCCGAGACCAAGGCUGUCGAUCGCGUCGGCAUCAUCGGUCUGGGUGGCCUGGGCCACCUCGCCGUGCUCUACGCACGCGCCAUGGGCUGUCACGUGACCGUCUUUUCUGGCCGCGAGAGCAAGAAGGCCGAUGCGCUGAAGCUGGGCGCGACAGACUUUCGGAUCUGGCGGCCUGACAGCGCUGUGGAGCAGUACUCGGACGCCAAAAUUGACGUCAUGCUACUCUGUGGCAGCGGAAUGCCGGAUCUCGAGUGCAUCAUGCCGCUGCUCGGACGACGGGCUAGAAUCGUGCCGCUGGUGAUCCAGGACGAGCCCAUGGUCAUCCCAUACAUGCCGUUCAUCGUUGCCGGCCACCGUAUCAUCGGAAGCACGACUUCGCAGACAGAAAACUACGCCGCCGCGCUGAACUUGGCUGCACGCCACCGCAUCCAGCCGUGGGUCGAAGAGUUCCCCAUGACGGUGGAGGGCCUGACCACAGCGAUGGACAAGCUCCAGGAAGGCGUCGUGCUCUACCGGGCCGUACUCAGCAAGGAGCUUGGCAACGAGCUGGUGUAG